AUGGGACAUGAUGAUCUUUUCGUCGUGAUGAGCUCUGUUGGUCUGCUUCGUCUCGAAGAAUAUCAUGAGCUCGUAGCAGCGACGACGCUCCCUGGGGUGGCUUCUAUGCCCAACUUCAUGGAUGUCAUCGGCGGCUUCGACUUCUGGGAACUCACCAGGUUCGAGAAACGGCACUUCCGUCUGCUUGUGGAGUUGCUGGAGCUGCCGGAAAUGAUCGAGAUUUACAGAGGAGGGUUCGGCGUGACGAGGAUCCCUAUCCAGCUGGCCCUGGUCGUGACCUUGUGGCGGCUGUCAUGUCCGACGACGUUGAUCCGGGAUAGACUGUUCUGGGGGUUAUCGGAGUCCAACGUCUGCGAGAUCUUCAACCUCACCAUAGAGGUUAUUCACGAGCGGUGGGGGUACCUUGUAGAAGAGUUACAACACCAAGCGAUCCUGCCAAAGAUUGACGUGUUCUGCCAGGCCAUCUGGGAUCGCGGUGCUGCUCUUGACAGGUGCUGGGGCUUUAUCGACGGUACAAUACGCGCCAUAGCUCGUCCGUGGCGCAUGCAAAGACUGUGGUACAACGGUUGGAAGCGGAAGCACGCCUUGAAAUACCAGGCUGUAGACACACCGGACGGUAUGAUUCGGCAAUUGUGGGGUCCCAUGCUUGGUCGUCGCCAUGACGUGGCGAUGUUAGGGGAGAGUGGACUCAUGCAGACACUGCAGCAGUGGUUCAACGACGCUAAUGGCCUUCCGUACUACAUAUACGGGGAUCCCGCGUACCAGCUAUCCCCAUGGCUGAUGGCCCCCUACAAGGGCGUGUUGACGGAAGCCCAAGAAAUGUUCAACACUUCAAUGAGCUCGUGCCGCGUAACCGUAGAGUGGGGGUUCGGGAAGAUCGUCGCCUUGUGGUCCUACGUAGACUACGCGAAGAAGCAGCAGGUCGGCCUCAGUGCAUGCGGCCUUGGCAAGCAAUACGCAGUAGCAGGGCUUCUGACCAACUGUCACUCGUGCUUCAACGGCAAUUCGACGUCGAAGUACUUCGGCGUCCCCACCCCGACGCUGCGAGCCUAUCUUGCGGGUGAGGGUUGA